AUGCGAAACGACUACGAGACAGGGGAUGCGACCCUGGAGGACGAGGAGAGCGUGGACACCGGGACCGAGGCUUCCCUCCAGCUGGAGCCCGACGACUCGAACUACGCGAACUCGAGUCACGUGCGGCGACCACCCAGGCUGUGUAGCGAAGAGCUGCAGCGCUUGGACGAGCUCCUGCCGGCGCUCACGCGGGAGGACUCCAGCGUGGACUCGACGAAGCGUUUACUCGGGCGCGCGCUGGGGAGGAAAUUCCAGAACCUCACCCAGGUGGCCUCAUUGAAGCGGCGAGCUGUCAGGUGA